AUCCAAAAUCACAAAAUUUUAGCUAGCUUUUUACCUCAAACACUUAUCCUUUUCCCACCAAUAGAAGAAACAGUGGUUUCAUUCAAACCUCAAACACCAUAAUAGCAAUGCAAGGAAGCCUCUUGCUUUUUCAUUAGGCCACAAUCCCCAAACAAUCUCUAAAAAGAAUCACUUUAUGCAACCCCAUAAGUAAUCCUUUUCCUUUCUCCAUCUUUCAACAUAUAUAACCUUCCUCUAUUAUCAACUUCAUCAUCAUAAUCAUAAUCAUCAUCAUGUCUUUGAGUCCUCCAAGAGAGAGAACCAACGUCCCACAUAGAAACUUCCAACUCUACUGGUGCUUCCAAUGCAACCGCUCCGUCCGCGUCGCACCCGAUCAUUCUACCGAUUUAAUAUGCCCGCGCUGCUUCGGCCAAUUCAUAUGCGAAAUCACCAUACCAAGACCAAGGCUCAUGAUAGACUUCACCGCACACGAUCCCUCCCCCGAAGCGCGUUUGUUAGAAGCACUUUCACUCAUGAUCGACACACCCACCCGAACACGACGCCCACGAGAAGUUCCCGUGCACCGUCGCACAGGAGAUCAUUCCACCCGAACACAACCUGAACCCGGAAUCCAACAUCGUCCACGUACAUGGGUUAUUCUACAACCUGUGGAUCCUUCGGGUUCAAACACAUUUGAACCCGUAAUUAAUCCACGUGGACGACAGGGACCAUUACCGAUCCCACGUGGCGUUGAUGCAGGAGAUUACUUUUUCGGCCCCGGUUUUAACGAACUGAUAGACCAAAUAACGGAAAACGACCGGCAGGGUCCACCUCCGGUGCCGGAGAGAGGCAUAAAUGCGAUUCCGACGGUGAAAAUCGAGAGUAAGAAUCUGAAAGAGAAUUCUCAUUGUCCUGUUUGUCAGGAAGAGUUUGAAAUUGGUGGUGAAGCGAGGGAACUUCCAUGUAAACAUAUAUAUCAUUCUGAUUGCAUUGUUCCGUGGCUUCGACUUCACAAUUCUUGUCCGAUUUGUCGACAAGAGGUUCCUGUAGGUUCUGGAGAUGAGUGUAGUGAAGAUGAAGGUGGUGGAGGGAGGUUACGGAGGUGCUUGAGGUGGAGUCGUGUUUCGUCUAUUUGGCCUUUUCAUGGAAGGUAUAGGAGAGUUCAUCCUCAAAGACACAAUGGUUCUGGUUCUUCUUCAACAAGGGAAUCUAAUUCAAGGUGGCAUUUUUGCUGCAUUCUUUAAUCCGUCCAAUGAUUUACUUCAGCUUGAGGCUGAAAUCAUGAAUAUUGAUAUUUCAGCUUAUUAACCUGUAAUUUCAGUAGACUAGUGGUUCUAGUCACGAGAUUAAAAUGGUCUUACAAAUAAGUCAAGAAUCGAAACAAAGUAAAUGAUGUUGGACAUCCGUGCAACUUCAAUUGUCGAGUUUGCGUCAAGUUGAGGAUCAACGUGAAUCUCAAAAGCUUCCUACGAAGUUGGACAUCCGUGCAAAACUGUUGUUGUAAAUAAUGUUUGUCUUUCUUUCAUAGAAGUUACAUUUAUUUGUUCAUUUCAUUAAUAUCCAAAAAUGUAGAUAGUUAGAUAUCAGUUAAAUACGCAUAUACCAGGAAUGGUGAUUGUCAUAAAAUAAGAAAUUGGUUAGUUACCAUGUUAUAUCAAUGUGUAUGCUGUAAGUGUUUUCAAUGUAUUAUUACAACUACCAUAAUUAGAUUCAGAAUCUAUAAUGUGAACUGAAGAUUGCUCAUAUAACCGGGAUACUAUGCAAA